CAUUAUUUUAGGGGGGGAAAUCCCGCAUUGUAGGUAACAACAAUAAUUUCUUUCCAAAGCCAAUCGAACUUCCAUUACAAGUGUCUGGCAUUUUAGGAAAAACAUCCAUCGUUGUCAACCUAAAACACAAAACCAUUUGCCAAUCAAACAAAUUGCCCCUCGUGUCGGUGCCCACAGACAUUAAAUUCUCACCGCGUCCAUGGGCAUCAUCCGUAAUUUCCACCAAUCCCAAGCCCAGUAAAUCCUAUCCUUCAGCCACGUCACCAAAGUAAAUCUCCCUAUAAAAGCCCACCACCCCCGAAUCUAUCCAUUCAGUCCGCACAAAUCCUUCAAACCCGUGAAACGGCAAAACCUUUACAAUGAAACGACAAAUACUAACCCUCUCCCUCCUCUUCAUCGCUGUAACCGUCGUGGUGGUUGACGCGGCGCUCCUCGGCGGAUGGAGUCCGAUAAAGGACUUGAAAGACAAGCACGUGGUAGAGAUCGCGGAGUUCGCCGUUGCAGAGCAUAACAAGGAAGCCAAAUCAAAUUUGAUGCUUGAGAGUAUCGUUAAAGGCGAAUCGCAGGUGGUAUCGGGUACGAAUUAUCGGCUCGUUUUGGCAGUGAAAGGAAGGGCUAAUGCCACGUACCAGGCUGUUGUGUAUGAGAAACCUUGGGAGAAUUUGAAGAGUCUGACGUCGUUUCAACCUUUUAAAGGUUGAGAAAUGUAAUGCUCUGAUGUAAUGUUCUAAUUUCAGCUUUCUUUUAGAAAUUUGGGAUGAUAAUAUAAUAAUAGAGACUUUGGGGGUUCUUUUA